AUGUAUCUGAAGACUUGUCAUUCUUGUGCUAUCAGCUUCCAUCACGGUGCUAUAUUUUUUUCUGUUUUAGGUCACUGUUCCUCCGCCACAUGUCAGACAUAUAUAUUCCACUUUAUUAAGGAGGCCAAGACCUGGUCUGAUGCCCAAAACUACUGCAAACAGAACUACACCAACCUGGCCACCAUAAACAACAUGGAGGACAUGAAGCAACUCAACAAGUCUUUUCGCAGAGAUUCUGCUGCUGCUGCUGAUGCCUGGAUCGGGCUGGAGAAGAAAAGAAAUGCAGGUUGUAUAGAAACAAAGGACACGCGAGAAUGGCACUGGUAUAUACUGCUGGGGACUGAAUAUGUUGUAAAUGAGAAAAACUGGAAUAGUGGAGAACGAAAUGAUGCUCCAUGUCCUGAGAACUGUGUAGUGAUGAGGAUGGACGGCAAAUGGCCUUGUAGUGCAAAUUGGAGUGCCAUUUGUUAUGAUGACAGAGUGAUCCUGAUCCGUGAGAACAAGACCUGGGCAGACGCCUUAGAUUACUGCAGAGAGCAUCAUGAUGAUCUGGUCUCCAUCUCUGACCAUCACAUGCAGAAAUGGGCCCAAGAGAGAGUCAAGAUGGCCGACACUCCCUACGUGUGGCUGGGGAUGCGCUACACCUGCACUCUGGGCCUAUGGUUCUGGGUCAGCGGCCAAACGGCCUGCUACCUAAACUGGGCGCCGGGCAAAGGGAUGGGAGACUGUGAGAUGUCUGCCGCCAUGGACAAAAAAGACAUCAAUGAGUUUGAUCCGAGCAAAGCUGUGAUGCUGUGGCACCAGGACUCUGUCAGAGGCAAGCGGCCUAACUUCAUGGAUGGACCUGAUGACUAG